AAAUUGGUUUUCAUGGCAAAUAUGUAUUUUCCAUGCCAUUUUAAUAUGGAAACAAAUAUACUUGAAGUACUAAAUUUUAUUUGAAUAGUUUCACUGAAAGUAGACCCCAUGAGGCCUAUUUAGCCUCCAUGCAUACAGAACACUCAUACUAUCCUUAAAUCAAUAGUUAUCUACAUUUUGGGCUAUAUGAUGCUCUGUAGUGUUCUAUGGGGACAGAGAAGGUGUUUGGAUGCAGUAACUCGUCUGAUUACUCCCCCUCCCAAUGUUUAUUCUCCCUGGAAGUGACUCCGCCUGGAGGAAUGCUGAGGUAACAGGCUCAGCAUAAAGAGAAAAGGGGCACACAGUAUAUAAUGCAGCCUCCUGUUUACUUCAGGACUUCAUAUCAAACCAGAAAACCAGGAGCAGCAUUGCCAAGCAAACGUACAGAAAGUCAUUAAGCAAUGAAGUCAAUUCUGCUGCUGAACAUCAUCCUCCAUCUGCUGUGGUUCUGCAAUGGGCAGGCCUGUUCUGAGCAACAAGAGGCUUUAAAGGUUCUUCGCCAAGUCCAGAAGUUGCUUACUGAACAUGAGGCAUCUUACCUGCGAGGGCUGAGAGCUCUCAAUCAGAGAAUCACACAACUGAAAGAUCAGCUCCUGAAAGGAGAGACUAAAGAGAACUGCCCUCGUUUAAAUGCCCCUCGACAUGGAAGAAUACUGGGUGGGAAGCUAAAGGUGGGGCAUGAGAUUCACUUCUUGUGUGAUCCAGGAUAUCGCCUGGUUGGAUCUGAAACCAGAACCUGCCAAAAGAACCAGACAUGGAGUGGGGAGCCUGCACUCUGUACAGAGUUGGCAUCACUAUCCAACGCGUCCUCCCUACAGCCAGCAAAGUGCUCUUCAUUCCAAGGUACUCAGCACUGUACUUGUGAUCCUGGGUACCUGAUCCAGCCUGGAGCUCUGUGUCAAGAUGUAGAUGAAUGCAGCAUGUUCCAUAGAAACGCAGAGGCAAAGAUCUGUGUGCAUGAAUGUAUUAACACUGCUGGUUCAUACUUAUGCGUCUGUCCAGAAGGCUACGUGCUGGACCCUCACCACAACACCUGCCAGGAUAUUGACGAAUGCAGCUUAGAGCAGAAUCCCUGCCCAGGAGGAAGUCUGUGUGUGAAUUUAUAUGGGGGGUUCGUUUGUGUCCAGCCAGAGUGUCCAAAACCCAAACAGAACACCAGUUACGUCAAAACAUCAGUCCAACAGUGUGAAAAGUCCCCUUGCCUCAUGGGAAGCAAGAGUUGCCUAGAAGCCCCCCGCUCCAUCUCCUUCCACUCCAUUUCUUUGCAGUCCCAGCUCCCUGCCCCCAGGGUAUUGUUCACCAUGUCGGCCCCACGCUCACUGGGAGACAACCAGCGUUUUUCCAUUAUCAGAGGAAAAGGGCGUGGGCUGGAAGUACGUCAAGCAAGCCGACACCGCUGGGAGCUGGUCCUCAACAAACCACUUAGUGGUCCUGCUGAGAUACAAGUGGAUGUGGAAAUGGCAGAAACGUCCUCAGAGGCUUUGCCUGGAAAACACAUCUUCUCCGUCACAAUCUAUGUCUCCAAGUAUCCAUUCUGAAGAUGCUCUUUGAAAAGCAUUUUUAAAAUAAUACUAUUAGUUGCUUCAUACUAAUAUUUCAUGCCAAUCUGAUGGAGUAACCGGGUACUGGAAAUUCUGCAUAGAUGGGGUUUCCAUUUUGGAGGGAAUUAAGAAAAGCUUUGCAUUCUCAGUGUUCAUUUCCUUUGCUUUAAAUAAACAGUUGAUUUAAGUAAAUAAACGUGUUUACUCUCUAGAAAAACCUCACAAAAUAUUGUGUGGCCAAGGCCUGACUGCAAUAUGUUUAUGGAGUCGGAAAAUAAAUACAUUUUAAAAGAUGGCAGGACUGCCAGCACUUUAUAAGUAAGAGAAGCCACAAAAAACACAGACGAGCUCUAUGAACAUGCAGGGAACAAGGACGGAUACUAUACAGGAGAUGCCAAAUAGUCAUUGCUAAUCCCGAAACCUCAAGGAUUUAUACACCAUGUGCCAGUCUUGAUUAUUUCUUAUAAUGAACCUCUUUGACAGCUCUGGUUCACAUAUCCAUACUAUCCAAGAUCAACUGUAUGUAAAAAAAUAGUAUCAAGAUUAUAUGGGACUGUUCUAUCUUUUCUAAAGGGGAUUGACGUAGACUAAAAGCAUCAUCUUCAUGGUGGAGCCAUUGCAAGAAGAAUAGGAUUGUCAAAUUUAUUUCAUUGCCUGUCCCAUCUUUUUUUUUAAAGAUUUUAUCUUGCAUAAUUUUUUGUUUUUUUUUAAUAUUUUUUUUUUUAUUUUCCGUAAAAAUUCUUACAAGCAUAGUGUAUUAACACAUGUAUGAUCGUUUCAGUUACAUUAUUGCAGAUUGGUAUAUGAAAACUUGCAGGCACUGCUAUAGACAUAUCUCUGUGUAACCAAUAAACCUUUGUAUUGAACAUA